CAUGGCAAAGGGGUUUUAUGUCAGCAAGCUCAUAGCAGUUGUUGGUAUCUUGUUUUCUGUGGCUGCUGUGGCUACAAUAAUAGCUCUUGCAGUUGUUUAUUCACAAGAAAAGGGCAAAAAUGUUGUAGUGUCACCUUCAGAAACAAGGCCAACCGUGUUACCAACUAGCAGUAUAACAAGUGCCCCUCAGAACUCAACUACUGGUUCCACAUUGUCUUCUACAACUACAGCACCAGUGGGUAAUGAAACUUGGCACAAAUUUAGACUUCCAAAAUCCCUAAUACCACAGCACUAUGAUAUUGAGCUCAAACCUUAUCUAGAGGAGAAUACAGAAGGACUCUACAUCUUUGAGGGCAAAAGUGCUGCUUUCUUUUUGUGCAAUGAGACCACCAAUCUUGUUGUGAUUCACAGCAAGAAACUCAAUUAUACCCUACAGUCUGGGCAUCAUGUUAUCCUUAAGAAUGAAGAAACUGGCUCAAAUGUCCCUCUAACAAGGACAUUUCUUGAGGUGCCAACACAGUAUUUGGUUGUAGAGGUGGCUGAAAACUUGCAGCCUGGCAAACAGUACUCUCUUCACACUGUGUUUCAAGGGGAGCUGGCCGAUGACCUGGCUGGAUUCUACAGGAGCGAAUACACAGAAGAUGGUGUAAAAAAGAUUAUCGCUACAACCCAGAUGCAGGCUCCUGAUGCAAGGAAAGCUUUCCCCUGCUUUGAUGAGCCAGCAAUGAAAGCUACCUUCAAUAUCACCUUGAUACACAAGCCAGAAUACAAGGCAAUUUCAAACAUGCCAGCAAUCAGCAGUACGGCAGCUAAUGUCGGUGGAGUAGCAUGGAAUACCACAAUGUUUGCCAGAACCCCAAAGAUGUCCACAUAUCUUUUGGCAUUCAUUGUUUCUGACUUUGACUACAUUGAGGCUCCAAACAAUGGCAGUCAGGUUCAGGUUCAGAUCUGGGGACGCAAAAAAAUUAUUAAAGAUCAAGGACAGUAUGCACUAAAUGUCACAAGGCCAAUUCUGGAAUUCUUCGAGAAAUAUUAUAGCACCCCGUACCCUCUGGUAAAAUCAGAUCAGAUAGCACUACCUGAUUUUAAUGCGGGCGCUAUGGAGAACUGGGGUCUGGUGACAUACAGGGAAACUGCUCUGCUAUUUGAUCCUGCUGUAUCAUCCAUUGGCAACAAGGAGAGAGUGGUCACAGUGAUAGCCCAUGAACUUGCCCAUCAGUGGUUUGGAAACCUUGUGACUAUAAGGUGGUGGAAUGAUCUGUGGCUGAAUGAAGGUUUUGCUUCCUAUGUAGAAUACUUGGGAGCACACGAAGCAGAGAAGGAAUGGAACAUAAAAGACUUAACAGUGCUCAAUGACGUCCACAGAGUAAUGGCUGUUGAUGCUCUGACGUCAUCCCAUCCACUCACAUCAAGCGAAGAUGAAGUGAACACUCCAGCUGAAAUAAGUGAACUGUUUGACUCCAUAGCUUACAGCAAGGGAGCUUCAGUUAUUCGGAUGUUGUCUGAAUUUCUCACAGAGCCUAUUUUUGUAAAAGGACUGGAGAAAUACCUGAAAGCGUUCUCAUACGACAACACUGUGUAUAGUGAUUUGUGGUUUCAUUUACAAAAUGCUGUGAAUGAAGAGUCCGUAAAUCUUCCACUAAAUGUCAGCGAGAUCAUGGACACAUGGGUGUUACAGAUGGGCUUCCCAGUUGUUACAAUAGAUACAACAACUGGAAAUAUAAACCAGAAGCAUUUCCUUUUGGAUCCAGAUGCAGUUGUUACUCGUCCAUCACCUUAUAAUUACGUAUGGAAAGUGCCAAUUACCUUUACAAAAACUUCUUCAACAAACAAUAUCUGGCUCUUAAGUGCUACAGACACAAACAGCAUGUUGAAAACCAGUGGAAAUGACUGGGUUCUUGCAAACAUCAAUGUUACUGGCUACUACAGGGUUAAUUAUGAUGAUGGAAACUGGAACAAACUUCUGCAGGAGCUACAGAAUAACCAUGAAGUUAUUCCUCUUAUCAACCGUGCUCAGAUUAUCGAUGAUGCCUUUAAUUUAGCAAGGGCAAAAUAUAUCAUCACAACCAAAGCACUUGAUACAACAAAAUUUCUUUCAAAGGAAGUGGAAUACAUGCCCUGGCAGGCAGCUCUUGGCAGUCUGAGCUAUUUUGUCCAGAUGUUUGAUCGUACUGAAGUUUAUGGUCCUAUGAGGCAAUACAUGAAGCAACAAGUCACACCAUUGUUUAAUUAUUUUGAAAAUAAAACCAUGAAUUGGACGGAACGACCAGUCACAUUAAUGGAACAAUACAAUGAAAUUAAUUCAAUCAGCACUGCAUGUGCCUAUGGCGUUCCACAGUGUGGAAAAUUAGCUUCUGAUCUUUUAAGCCAAUGGAUGGCCACUUCAACAAAUCGUAUUCAUCCAAAUUUGAGGAGCACAAUCUAUUGCAAUGCAGUAGCCCAAGGAGGAGAAGGGGAAUGGAACUUUAUAUGGCAAGAGUUCAGUAAAGUAGAUAAUGCUCAAGAAGCAGACAAACUCAGAGCAGCUCUGUCCUGCAGCAAGGAACCAUGGAUACUCAACAGACUCCUAGAUUAUUCUUUGGAUUCAUUAAAGAUUCGUAGACAAGAUUCAGUUUCCACAAUAACCAAUGUUGCCAGUAAUGUGAUCGGACAGAGCCUUGCCUGGGACUUUGUUAGAGCUAAAUGGAAAAUCAUGGUAGAGAAUUUUGGUACAUCCUCUUUCUCUUUUGGAAACUUGAUCCAGGGUGUUACCCGGAGAUUCUCCACUGAACUUGAUUUGCGUCAGCUUGAACAGUUUAAAAUAGACAACCAGAAUGUUGGUUUUGGAACAGCUACACGGGCACUGGAACAAGCCAUAGAGAGAACCAAAGCUAACAUAAAAUGGGUAAAUGAGAACAAGGAACCGGUGCAACAGUGGUUCAAGGAUGCAGUUACCCCCUGAAGAAUAUUUCUCAAAGUCCCUACGCAACACCAGGAACAAGCCACUAGCAUCUCCAUGAGAACUGCAUCUGGCUCAUGGUUCUGUCUUAGUUUACAAUUCAAACCUUUAUGUCCUGAGGUGCAAUAGGACCCUAAACACAUCAUUUCAUUUUACAUUUUAAGUAUUGCGUAUUUUUUUGAAUAUUCAUUUUUUAGAACAUCUGAGCAAUGCAUUACAGCUUAAAUUUAACACCACUUGCAAGUUGCAAUACAUUACUGCCCUUUCUGAAACCUAUAGCGUCAUUGCUAAAUUGAGGGAUUUAUCUGUAUUGCUCCAGAUUUAAAAAUGUCUGGUAUUGUUAAAAAAUAAAUAAAUGUAAUUGUAUUUAUAUUUUUCUAAUCAUGGUGUAUAUAA